CCGAACUCUGCUUGAGGGGUAUAAAUAUCCUGGGAAGAGAAGGGGAAGGCCCCUGGCAGCCAAAAUGAAGUCUCUGGUCCAUGUGUGCUGCGUUGUGGCUCUGCUGGUUCUGUCUACUGCAGGGUCAUCCAUCCCCGAUGAAGAGCCAUUGGUGUCUCUACGGCUCCAGGAGCCUGAGACAAAUCUCUUCUCCUGCGGAUGUGGCACGGCAGAGGAGCAUCCCAGCCAGACUUUGUCCAACGACACCCCGGCUCCAGAGAGGCCAAUGUGUCAACCUUGUACUCCAACACCAGCUGCGUCCGAAGAAGAUUCAGCCUCAGAGCGUGAAGAAGAACCAGCUGGGAUGGCGCAAACUGAGGCUUCCACCGAUGAGGAAAUUAGCAAUGCAGAAGAACAAGAGGAAGCUGUUCUCCAAAACGUAGCCGUGGAGGAGAACCAAGAGGAGCUGGCAUCUGAUGAACACGAGACAUCCAUUGUGGAGGAAAGGAAUGAGAAUGAAGCUGUUGGUGUAGAUGUAGCUUCUGCAGGAGACAUUAUGGAAGAAGACAAAAGUGAAGAUGCAGAGAAUGACUUGCCACAAGAUGAUGAAGUUAUCCCUCACGGGGAGGAUUCUGAAGUGGAGGAACUGUUUCAAGAAAGAGAUGAGGAGACACAAGAGGGAGAAGUAGUUGAGGAGGAAAUUGUGCUAAAGAAUGUCGUGGAAGAAGAAGCCUUUGAUGGUGCUGAAUCAGAGCCAGAAGACAUUCUUGAAAUGAAUGCUGAACCUGCAGAGCCAAAAGUGACAUCUGAACUUGAAGCACAUUAUGACAGCGAAACCGAUGUUACAUCUGAACCUCAAACAGAUUAUGACAGUGAACUAGAAGUCUUGUCGGAACCCGAAGAAGAACAUGGUGCUGACCCAGAAGUGAUAUCAGUACCUGAAGCAGAAUAUGAAGCUGAACCAGAAGUGAUAUCAGAGCCUGAAACAGAACACGAAGCGGAACCAGAGGAGAUAUUAAAACCUGAAUCAGAAUAUGAAGUUGAACCUAAAGUGAAAUCAGAACCUGAAGCUGAGCCAGAAGUGAUAUCAGAGCCCGAAACAGAACCCCAGCCUGCACCAGAGGAGAUAUUAAAUCCUGAAUCAGAACAUGAAGUUGAACCAGAAUUGAUAUUAGCACCUGAAGCAGAACAUGAUGAAGCUGAAGCAGAAAUAAUACCAGAGCCUGAAUCACAAUUUGAAGCUGAACUGGAAGUAUUAUCAGAACCCAAAGCAGUGUAUGAAUCUAAACCAGAAGUAUUGGCUGACCCUGAGGAAGAAAAACUAGACACGACCAAUUAUGAAAUUGGAGUAGAUGCACCAGAAGUUACACUUGUUUCUGAGCCAGAAACAAUUUCAAAGCCUGAAGCAGAGUCAGACGUCAUUCCUAAAGUGGUUGAAGAAGUCACACCAGAGUCUGUUGAGGAAGCAACAGUGGAAGAUCUUGAAAUAUCUGAAGAGACCCAUGAGGUCAAGGAGUCUUCACAGGCCACAGGGAAGGUAAAUGAAGGUCCAGCAGUGAGGGACCGCGCCCAUAUUGAGGACACGCUACGACUGGCUUCUGCUGAACCUUCAGCCCAGAUGUCAGCUGCAAUGAAGAAGCUACUGAACAUCCACCACACAGCCAUCAAACCAAUGGAGCAAGCCUUCAAGUACAAUGAACUCAGGCAGCAUGAAGUCACAGAUGGGGAAAUUACUUCUAAGCCUAUGGUUUUGUUCCUUGGACCCUGGAGUGUGGGCAAGUCCUCCAUGAUCAACUACCUGCUGGGUCUUAAAGACACCCCACAAGAACUCUACACAGGUGCUGAACCCACGACCUCUGAGUAUACCGUAAUAAUGCACGGCGACAAGUAUCGAACCGUAGAGGGCAUCGUUAUGGCAGCCGACAGCUCACGCUCCUUCUCGCCCUUGGAGAAGUUUGGCCAGGGCUUCCUGGAAAGGCUGGUGGGCUUUGAGAUGCCUCACAAGCUGCUGGAGAGGGUCACAAUCGUUGAUACUCCUGGCAUCAUUGAGAACCGCAAGCAGCAGGAGAGAGGGUACCCUUACAACGAGGUGUGCCAGUGGUUUAUUGACCGAGCUGACCUCAUCUUCCUGGUUUUUGACCCCACCAAACUUGAUGUGGGAGGGGAGCUAGAAAUGCUCUUCAGGCAGAUGAAGGGCCGGGAGUCCCAAAUCCGCAUCAUCCUCAACAAGGCUGACAGUCUCACCACCCAGGAUCUGAUGAGGGUCUACGGAGCCCUGUUUUGGAGCAUGGCACCCCUCAUCAAUGCCACAGAACCUCCUCGGGUGUACGUGAGCUCUUUCUGGACUCAGGAUUACGCAGUAGAUACCAGCCGAGAGCUCUUUAUGAAAGAGGAGACCUCUCUGUUGGAAGACUUGAACCAGGUGAUAGAGAACCAGAUUGAAAAUAAGAUUGCAUUCAUCCGGCAGCAUGGCAUCCGAGUGCGCAUUCACGCCCUCCUUGUUGACCGCUACCUCCAGACCUACCACGAAAAGCUAGGCUGGUUUAACGAUCCCCAUGAGGUGUUUCACGACAUUGUCACUGACCCGGACAAGUACUACAUCUUCAAGUCCAUUCUGGCCAAGACUAACGUCAGCAAGUUUGACCUACCCAGCAAGGAGGCCUAUCAGGAUUUCUUUGGCGUGAAUCCGGUGUCCAACUUCCAGCAGCUGUGCUACCACUGCAGCUGGACGGGAGGUUGCAUGCUGGACCGUUUAGAGAAGGCCAUUUCCUACGAGCUCCCAGCUCUGCUCAUGAGCGUCGGCAAGGAGACGCCCGCUCCGGCAAAACCUGCCCCGGCACCUGGCACCCUACCUUCCGGCAGCUGCGAUGGCCCCGAGUGUGAGGAGAAACCCAAAAAUCGUUGGAGGAAGCAGUGAGAUGGAUAUGAAUGUUGCAAACGCAGGAAUCACAGCGGCAGAUGGUGGUAGCCUACAGGCUUUUCUGCAAGAAUCCUCACUGCUGUGAUUCUUAAAACUGAACAUGGGGAGCAAAACAGAAUGUUCACCUGGGUCAUAGAACCCCAUACAUUUUAGACUCUAUUUAUUCUGAAUGAAUUAACAAGUGAGAGAUAGUCUUAGAACAAUGUGACAUCAUGCUGAUAAAGUAGAACUAGAAAGGUUAUAGCUGACCAUUAUUGGUGAAAACUUCCACAACUUCGUCUUCUAACAACGGAAAUAUUCAUUUCUAAACAUUCAAUUGUUAAAUUUAAAAUAAAUAAAUCAAAAGAUUAUUCUUAUUGUUCUUAUUUUCUUUUUGCACAUUAUUUAUUCUCAUCCUCAGAGAAGGCCAUUGCCGAUAAGAUGCUUAAAAACUGCUACUGUUAUCUUUUUUGUGCCUCUUACAAAGAUUGACGACUAAGUCAAAUCUGCUGUUCUGUUUUAAUCCACCUUGGCUCCGUUGUCAUGUCUUGGAGGAUUUGUGGUGCAUGUUUUGAUAACCAGACAAGUGCUCAUCAAAAUAAAAAUGGUUUAUGUAUUCUAUUUUGCAUGCACAGAGAACAUUUUCCUAUAGAGACCUUUUUUCAGUUUUGUAAAUUUAAUCCACAUUUUCUAUGCUGCUUGCUUCGGGUUCAUCAGUUCAGGUCUGUCAUAAUUUUUCUUUUCUGUGAUUUCCUUUGAGUAAAAUUCAUCAAAUCUUC